GGCAGAAGGGAUAUUCUCCCUCUAAUCCUCUUGGCUCAGUUGGGCCGGAGGAGCAGGAGUUGUUGAUUAACAAAAAUAAAGAGAGAGAAAAGAAAAAUCCGUAUCUACUGUGUCGCGAACUCUCUAUAUAGGCCAAGCCUCUGAUUCAGGCUGUUGAAAAAAGACAAAUUGCCUCAGGGUUGAAAGGGUAUUGGGUGGUAGUAUCCCACUUAGCAGCAGGUCCCCCCUAUAGGUACAUUUGUCCCACAUCGGGGUUGGGGUUGGGUUUGGGUUGGGAUAUAAGUCCCUGGGAUUGCCUCAAGAGUUGCCGGCUUUUGAGGUUAAUUCUGGGAUUAGGUUUAUAAAACAACAAAAGUCUGAUUCAGGCUGUUGAAAAAAGAAGAGAGAACAAUAUAGCUUUGCUUUAAAAGAACCUCUCUUCCGCCUAAAAGCCAAACCAGAUCAUAAUUCCAUGGAGCAAGAUGGAGACUCACCACCUUUCUGGUCCCAACCUUCAACCAACGCCAUCUUCCAACACCAACGCCUUCGCCGCCGACCACCCUCUCCUAUCUUUAACCCGGUUUCCCUUAUCCUCCUCCUACCGAUCAUAGCAUUGCUCGUUAUAUUUUUCUUACUUCCUCCAUUUCUCACCCAUACAACUCAAAUCCUUCGUCCCACCUAUUCAGUUAAAAAAAGUUGGGAUUCACUCAAUAUCCUUCUGGUAAUCUUUGCAAUUCUUUGUGGGGUUUUUGCGAAGAGAAACGACGACGUUUCGGCGGCGGAAAGUUCCCAUGAUGAUGAACGGGUUGCUGCUGCUAGUGAUACAACUGCUCAGCAAGCUGAGAGCAGCACCAAUCAAUGGUUUAACACUCCUCUGGUUGGACUGGGAGGGACCGGGGUUAACCGGUUGAGAAGGAGCAGUAGUUCUUAUCCGGAUUUAAGGCAAGGACCGCUGUGGGAAACCGGAGAAACGCGCCACCGGUUUACGGAUGACUUUGAGGUGUACAGGCAUUCGCGGCGAACUGCUACCGAAGAACUUCACCACCGUCCACGGCGGAGCGGGGCGGAGAAGGAGGAGACUGAUGUUAAAGUGAUCCCGGUGGAUACUUUUGAAGUUCAUUCAGCUAGGCCUCCCUCACCUGAACCGCCGCCGAAGCCAGCAACACCACCACCUCCUCCUCCGCCGCAACCGCCUCCACCGGCGAGAUUGAAGCGGAGGCGAUCACUUCACAGCGUUCCACCACGUAAAGAAAAGUUGGGAAAGCCACGUGUGGAGCCUAAGGUUACUGAGGCUGAGUUGGAAGAAAGCCCAUUACGACCUCCGCCUCAGUCAUUUGCUCCUCCUCCUCCGCCGCCGCCACCACCACCUCUGGAGUUUGAGCAAACUCCAGAGCAGAAGCUCCAGCGGAGAAAGAGCGGAACGGCCAAGGAAAUAACAACAGCCCUCGCUUCUUUAUACAAUCAGACUAAAAGAAAGAAAAUUUUGAAAAAAAGAAACAAUUCUGAGAGUUCCAGUGAGAGCUCUCCGCCUUCUGUACAUUCAUCCGUUCCACCACCAACGCCCCCGCCGCCACCUCCUCCUCCUCCACCACUUCCUUCUUCUCGGGUCUUUCAAAAUCUUUUCAAGAAAAGUAGCAAAAAUAAACGCAUAUAUUCCCUUUCCGGCACUGCACCACCACCUCCGCCUCCGCCACCGCCUCCUCCAAAUUCAAUAUUCAAUAACUUGUUUAAAGGCGGGAGCAAGAGUAAGCGAUUUAACUCGACGUCAUCAGCUCCUCCUCCACCACCCCCACCUCCGCCACCUCCGUCGUCUAUCCUGAAUACACUUUUCAAGCACGGAAGCAAAAGCAGGCGGUUCAAAUCAGAGAGCUCAUCUCCACCACCACCACCCCCGCCGCCGCCACCUCCACCAAUGCAACAAAUGACAUCAAACCGCAAGCCGAAAUACACUCAACCUCAAACUCCAACAACAGUACCUGAACCUUUCCGGCGACGACCAUCGUCCACCGGGAAGCCUCCGUUGCCGGCGAAAACAAGUAUUUACUACGAGGAUUACAUAAAUAGCGGCGCACAAUCGCCACAAAUACCAACGCCGCCUCCGCCACCACCGCCGUUUCCAAUGCCGGACUUCAAAUUCGUGGCUCGCGGAGAUUUUGUUAGAAUAAGGAGCGCUCACAGUUCAAGGUGUAGCUCUCCGGAACUGGAAGACGUUGACGUAAUGUCAGUCAAAUCAUCGGAAGCAAUGGACGGUGCAGAUUCAAUUGGGCAGUCAGUGUUUUGUCCAAGCCCGGAUGUGAACCUGAAAGCUGACAAUUUUAUUGCUAGGCUCAAAGACGAGUGGAGGCUGGAGAAAAUGAAUUCAAUGAAAGGGGUGCAUAAGACGGACCAUGGACCAAGCCCAGAAUUUGUUUGAGCCCAGUGAUCAACAGGCAUAAGCUACGCUGAUUUUUCUUUUUCUUUUUCUUUUUUUUUUUGCCCUUUUUCAAUUUUCCACUUAUACAAUUUUUGCCAAUCACAAAGGAGACCAAAUUACUUAGUUCCACUAGCUUAUGGUUGAGAGUAUGUAGAUUGUGUGUCAUUCAUGGGUGGCAAAAAAAUUGUUGCUCUGGUUGUGUUUUUUGUUCUAAAUUGGAGCAACUUCUUGCAGAGGAUGCGAGUUAUAUCUUAAGCUGUUUGGUUUGAUUGAAUUAUUAUUGAGACAAAAGGACUAUGAAUUUGGU